GAGCACGGAGCCCUCUCCGCCGGGUAGCACCGCUGGGUGGCACCGCUGGGUCCAGCCGGUGGGAUGACUCUCCACCGGCGGUUAACGACGUCACGUUUAGCAGAAAACUAAUCUCGUUUGGAUCACACAAAGUCGUGACCUGCUUGCAUACUUUGUAUUUUUAGGAACUCGAUAAUAAGCUACCGAAGCAGAGGAAACACUCCCACCGAGCGCAGCGCCCUUUCCCCGGGCUGCGCCGCUGUGUCCGGCCCGGUGGGAUGUCUCACCACUGGGGGUGGAAUAUUUUCUAGAGAUCCGGGCUUUUCUGUGUCUUAACCCUUCCCUCUGUGUUUCCCCCGCCUGCCGGAGACUUUGUGUGUGUGGACAUGGCGGACAGUAGCCGGACUGCGAGCCCUCUGACGGUGAAGAAGAGGGCGCAGCAGUCCCCCGGGCUCCGGCCCAAGUACCAGAGCUCUGCAACGGGCCACUGCUUCAAGAGAGUCACCCUGACCAAACCCACCUUCUGCCACAGCUGCAGUGACUUCAUGUGGGGCUUCAUCGGCUUUCUGUGUGAAGUGUGUAACUUCAUGUGUCAUGAGAAAUGUCUGAAGACGCUGCGCUCGGCUUGUUCCUGCAUGGCUCCGUCUCUGGUCCGGGUGCCGGUGGCUCACUGCUUCAGUCCGGCCGCUCAGAAGAAACGUUUCUGCUGCGUCUGCAGGAAGCAAACGGAGGGAAACACGGCGCUGCGCUGCGAAGUGUGUGAGCUGCACGUGCACGCCGACUGCGCCGCCUUCAGCUGUGCAGACUGUCGCAGUUGUCACCUGGACGGGACUCUGGAGCAGGAUACGUUCCACCACCACUGGAGGGAGGAUAACCUGGCAUCAGCAGCGAGGUGUGAGGUUUGCAGACGUUCCCGCGGUUCCUCCGACAUCCUGGCAGGGAUGAGGUGUGAGUGGUGCGGCAUCACGUGCCACAUGUCGUGUUACCACAGCGCGCCACCAGAGUGCACUAUGGGACGUCUGCGCUGCAUGCUGCUGCAUCCGGCUUGCCUCCGCCUCGACUCCAGAAACUUCAGCAAGAUGCACUGCUACCGCAUCACCGAGAGCUGCAGCCAAGACCUGGAUAACUCAGACGACUUCGAUCAGUCUGCUGCUGUGUCUAAAGACGGUCAGCCGGCUGCUGCGGACUCUGGUAAGCAGCUGAAGGUGUUUGACGGCGAUGAUGGAGCCAAGCGUGGACACUUCCGACUGAUCUCCAUAUUAAGAGCCACCAGGAAUGAGGAAGUGGUGGAGGCGGCGCUGAGAGCUUUCUACCUCCCUGACGAACCUCAGCACUUCGAGCUGCAGGAGAUCGGCGGUCUGCAGCGUCUCCAUAGCGACGACAUCAUGAACCGUAACGGUAGUCCUGACAACAGGAGCUCGGUGAAGGAUGGAGGUGACGCCUGGCUGCUGAGGGCCAAACUACGAGACGCUGAGGUCAUCAAGGUUUACACCAGCUGGCCCAGGCCAGGUGCAGCUUUCGUCCCCAUCACCGUCUCUAAGAACAGCACGGCAGAGUCGGUCCUCACUGAGGUCCUCAGUCAGCUGGACAGACAGGAUGAAGACUCGUCCAACUUCUACCUGCUGGAGGUUUUCAUGAGCAGCAAACAAGUGCAGAGACAGACGCUGACUCCUCAGGAGAAGAUCCUGGACAAACUGCAGGAGAUCAGGAAGGUUUCUCUGCGGCAGAUGAACCAGACCCGGUUCUACAUCGUGCAGAACCGGAACCGGCCGGUCCAGGUCUGCCUGCUGAUCGGAGGAUUUCCCCCCCUGCUGAGCAAAGAAGAGUACACACAGCUGAUCCAGGAACAGCUGACCAUCAAGAGUCACCUGGUCACCAUCAGCCACAUCUAUGCCAGUCAAGACAUUACCUUCAGUGACAUCACGUCUGUGUACAAGUACUAUGAAAGUACCUUCAGUGACAUUAUGUCUGUGUACAAGUACUAUGAAAGUACCUUCAGUGACAUCACAUCUGUGUACAAGUACUAUGAAAGUACCUUCAGUGACAUCACAUCUGUGUACAAGUACUAUGAAAGUACCUUCAGUGACAUCACUACCUUCAGUGACAUCACAUCUGUGUACAAGUACUAUGAAAGUACCUUCAGUGACAUCACAUCUGUGUACAAGUACUAUGAAAGUACCUUCAGUGACAUCACAUCUGUGUACUAA